UGCAGCAAAGAAUAAGUUGUAGUGAAGUAAUGAAUCUCAGAAUGUUCACUGACUAACAAAAUCUUAUCUCAUUAAUUAUUUCCUCUGAUAUUUUGCAGUACUAAAGAAGUAAAGCACUGUUUGUUAGGCCAUGCAAAAAUAGUUUAGUUUUAGAAAUGUGGUGUCUCAAGAAGCUGCAGUUGCCUUCAUUUUUGUCUUCUAAUUUGGUUCUCUUGGUUUUUAUCCCUUUGGUUCUGGUUCUGGUUCCAAUUCUUGCUUGUACAUUAUUAGGUAGUUCUUUUGUGUCAUCAUUUUCUUCUUCUUCUUGGAAUGGGAUUAAGCCUGUUGGAAUUUUGACCUCUUAUUCUUUGAGGUCUUUAGGUAGUUAUGAAGAACAAGAUGAGAAUUUACAGAUAGUUGCCUUAGCUGAGCCUCCAUCUUUUACUUCUCCUUUUAACAACUCACUGGUAGCUGAAGACGCAAUUCCUCAUCAUCCUCCCCAAGAAGGAGGAGAAGAGGUAGAGAAGGAUGAAGUAUCAAAUGAAGGAGAAGAACAUAGUAAUAAUGCAACUGCAGGGGUACUUAGACAUGAAGGAGAGUCAGAGACUGAGAAGGAUGAAAUAUCAAAUGAAGAAGAACAUGGUAAUAAUGCAACUGCAGGGGUACUUAAAAUGUACAGCAGGUUAGAAAGGGUUGAAGCCAUUUUGGCAAAAUCCAGGUCUUCAAUAAGAGAAGCUGCUCGAAAUGGGAGUAUGAUAUCUAACCAUCAGGACCCUGAUUAUGUUCCUCAAGGCCCCAUGUACCAUAACGCAAAUUCCUUCCACAGGAGCUAUCUUGAAAUGGAGAAGAGCUUCAAGGCAUAUGUGUAUGAGGAAGGAGAACCUCCAAUAUUCCAUAAUGGUCCAUGUAGGAGCAUAUAUUCAACAGAAGGAAGGUUUAUACAUGAAAUGGAAAAGGGAAAUUUCUACAGAACUGAAGAUCCAGAUGAGGCUAUGGUGUAUUUUCUGCCAUUUAGUGUAGUUGUGAUGGUUCAUUACCUCUAUGUCCCUGGCGCCCAUGAUAUGCAUACCAUUGGUACAACUGUUGCUGAUUAUGUUAAAGUCAUUUCUUCAAGACAUACCUUUUGGAACAGAAGUCUUAGUGCCGAUCACUUCAUGCUUUCCUGUCACGACUGGGGGCCACAUUCGACUUCAUACGUUCCACAUCUCUUCAACAACUCCAUAAGAGUUCUAUGCAAUGCCAAUACCUCAGAAGGUUUUAAUCCUAUAAAAGAUGUAUCUCUACCGGAAAUCCAUCUCAAGACGGGCGAUAUCAAGGGACUCGUCGGAGGUCCCUCACCAUCAACAAGAUCAAUUCUUGCAUUCUUCGCGGGUGGUUUACAUGGUAACAUUAGACACCAUCUCCUAGAACAAUGGAAAGGGAAAGAUGAAGAAGUGUUAGUUUACGAAAAACUUCCAAGAGGCAAAUCUUACGAAUCCAUGUUAAAAAACAGCAAGUUUUGUUUGUGCCCAAGUGGAUAUGAAGUUGCAAGUCCAAGAAUUGUGGAAGCAAUAUAUGCAGAAUGUAUUCCUGUCUUGAUUUCAGAUAGUUAUGUGCCACCAUUUAGUGAUGUUCUGAAUUGGAAAUCAUUUUCUGUGACAGUGGCUGUGAAAGACAUACCGAAUAUCAAGAAGAUAUUAAUGAGCAUUUCACAGAGUCAGUACUUGAGAAUGCAUAGGAGAGUGAAGCAAGUUCAGAGGCAUUUUAUGAUUAAUGGACCUCCCAAAAGAUUUGAUCUUUUCCACAUGAUUGUUCACUCCAUUUGGCUAAGAAGAUUAAAUAUAAGAGUUCACGAAUAGGAUUUACUAUACUUAUAUUUUCGACAAGUUAAAGAGGGGGAACCUUCAGCAGUUGAAUGGAAAUCCAGUUCAACUGAACUCGAAUACUCAUAUUAACUAGUAGUAUAUCCAAAUGGAACAAACAUCUGAUGUUUUUUUUUUUGUUAUAGUUUAUUUGUUUUUUGUUUUUUCUGACGAAAAUUUCUUGAAUUUUGCUGUUAAAUCUUGUGAACAGUUUC